CCCAAGGGCCACGGUGAAAAAGCAGUGGGUUAGGUUGCUCUGAGUGGCUUUGAAAGGUUUUAUUGCCUCUCAAAACAGAGAGCCCACACUCUGGGCUCAGCUGGAACCUGGCUGGCAACAGAUAGCAAAGCACAGCAGCAUAUUUGAAAAAUAAGAACCUACUGUCAAGAUGUUUAAGAUACGGAAAGCGAAGGAUGAUGAGCCGACUGCUCCGGGGCAGGUGAAAAUUAGGAAGAGAUCUAAGGUGCCUGGAGUUAUGAUCACCCAGUAUGUAGAAGCACUACCCGAGGGCAUGACCACUCCAGACUUCACCCGGAAACCCAUUUCUGUCACUAUUCAAGAAGGAAAAACGGCUAUCUUCAGAGCAAUAAUUACUGGCAAUCCAAAACCAACCGUGACCUGGGUGAGGAAUAAUGGUGAAAUUGAUGAAGAAAGGUUCAAAAUCUCUUUCGAUAAAAGUUCAGGUGAACAUCAGUUACAGGUACCUGAUGUAUGCGGGGAUCAAACUGAUACCUACAAGUGCUUUGCCAGAAAUGAAUAUGGAAAAGCAGUUGUAACUGCUACACUGAAUGUUAUUGAAGUUGGCUAUAAAAAGAACAAAGCUCUGCAGCAAUCAAGAACAGCUAUCCGGGAGUUACCUGAAGAUUUUAAAAAGUCCUUGAAAGCUGCGGGUGAAACUGAGCAGAAGGAGGAGGCAAAGCCAGAGAUCGAUGACAAGUUUUGGGAACUACUGUUAAGCUCAGACAAGAAAGAUUACGACAAGAUCUGCGCACAGUACUGCAUCACUGAUUUCCGUUGGAUGCUGAAGAAGCUGAAUGAGAAGAAGAUAGAAAGGGAGCAUGAGCAGGAAAGGGUUGUUGAAAGACUUUGCAACCUAAAGCCCGUUGAAUUGAAAUCUGACGGUGGUGCAGAGUUUGAACUUGAAAUGUCACUCAAAGACACAUCCAGCAAGAUUUUCUUAUACAAGGACGGAGUGAUGGUUCCAUUUGAUGUUGAUACAGAAGUAAAACAUGGACUGAAACAAGUGGGAAAGAAGUUUGUGUUUAGCAUCAAUGGUGUCAACCCUGAGGAUGCAGGGUUAUACCAAGUGGAAGUUGACGGAGUUAAGGUCUUCUCAACUGACUUAAAACUUCCCUCUGCAGACUUCUUGGUGAAGAUUGAGGACGUGAAGGCAGAGGAAAGAGAAGACGCUUUGUUUGAGUGUGUGGUCUCGCAACCUAUGAAGAAGAUUAACUGGAUGGGGAAGAAUGUCGCACUGGAGCAAGGAGAUAAAUAUGACAUUCUCGUUUCCGAAGACAUGCUGAUUCACUCAUUAGUGGUGAAGGACUGUAUGCCACUGGACAAAGGAAUUUAUGCAGCUGUGGCUGGACUUAAAUCUUGCAAUGCCUGGCUCAUAGUGGAAGUUGAUAAUGAUCCAAACACAAAGGGAAAGAAGAAGCCUCGCAAGACAACUCGAGCAGGGGGUAGUCGAGCCGAUAUUCUGAAGAUUGCUCAGGAGCAAAAUGCCAAGGUAGAAAAGGAGAGAGAGGAGAUAGUUUCAAAGCUAAGGGAGGAGGCAGAAGCAGCAGCCGCUGUGGCUGCCGCUGAAAAGGAAGAAGCUGAAGCUAAAGCAAGAGCAGAAGCAGAGGCCAGAGCUAAGGCCCAGGCCGAAGCCAAAGCCAAAGCAAAGGCGAAAGCAAAGACAAAGACAAAGGCAGGUGCAAAGGAAGGUGCAAAGGCAAAGGCAAAGAAAAAAGUGUCAGGAGAUGCAGCUGAAGGAGGAACAAGUUCGGAUAAAACGGAAGGCUUGGAACAGGAUGAAGAAGAGGAGGAAGAGGAGGGAGAGGAGGGAGAGGAGGAAGGGGAGGGAGAGGAGGAAGGGGAGGAAGGGGAGGAGAAUGAGGGAGUGACCAAAGAAGGUGAACCUGGAAAGGAGGGAGAUGCCUCUGUCGAAGCUGAUGACACUGAAGAGGGUGGAACUGCUCAAAAAAAAAGAAAAAGAAAAAGAGCAGGCCCACUGGUCCCUGACACUGUCGUGGAUCCAGGAGUGUACUUCACCUGUGGAUUGUCCGAUGUGACUGCCAUUAUUGGUACUGAUGCAGAACUGGUCUGCAGGCUAAACAGUGAGGAGUGUGAUGGAACUUGGUACAAAGAUGGAACAGAGAUAACCACCACAGACAAUAUCUGUAUUGUUAAAGAAGGGACAUAUCGCAAAUUAAUUAUCAAAAACUGCACAGAAGAAGAUAUUGGAAAGUACCGGUGUGAAGCUGAUGGGCGUAAAACUGAAGCAGCGCUACAUGUUGAAGAUCCCCCAAGAAUCAACGAAGAGGACCUGGAUGAGUUCAGAAAACCAAUCAAGAUCAAACACGGGAAAGAUGCCGUCUUCAAGGUCACCUUCCUCGGCCGUGAACCCACCAAGAUCCAGUGGUUCAAUGAGGGUGAAGAGCUAUUCGAAGACACCCACAUCAAGAUCGAGAGAUCUUCCUCACACAGCCGUCUGGUGCUGUCCAAGUGCCAACGCAAAAUCUCAGGAGAAAUUAAGAUUAAGAUUAAAAACGAAUGUGGAACAACAGAGGCCAUAACAGAACUCAUUGUGCUAGAUAAACCAACAGCACCUCUGGGUCCUGUGGAUAUUAUUGAAAGUUCGGCAACGGGCAUUGAGUUCAAAUGGAGGCCUCCCAAAGACAAUGGGGGGUCACCAAUUACAGACUACAUCCUGGAGCGCCAGCAAAUUGGCCGAAACAGCUGGAAGAAGUUAGGCAAGAUUGGCCCUGAGCCUAAAUACCGGGAUACUGAUGUAGAUCAUGGCAGGAAGUACUGUUACCACAUCAGGGCAGAAACUGAUCAAGACAUCAGUGACAUGAUGGAGACCGAUGACAUCCAGGCUGGAACAAAGGCAUAUCCUGGACCCCCCUCUACACCAAAAAUUGUCAGUGCUUUCAAAGACUGCAUUAAUCUUACUUGGACUGCACCAACUAAUACUGGAGGAACCAACAUUCUUGGAUACAAUGUGGAGAAACGCAAGAAUGGUAGUAAUCUGUGGGGCCAGGUUAACCCUCCUGAUGAGCUCAUCAAACAGAAACAGUAUGCAGUGAAGGAUGUUGUUGAAGGUUUCGAGUACGAGUUCCGAGUAUCGGCUAUUAACAUUUCUGGUGCUGGGGAGCCCAGUACACCCUCUGAAUUUGUUUUUGCCAGAGAUCCAAAGAAACCUCCUGGCAAAGUUAUUGACCUGAAGGUGACGGACUCCACAUAUACCACCUUAUCGUUGAGCUGGACAAAACCCAUCGAGGAUGAAGGAGUACAAGAUGAGGCCAAAGGAUACUUUGUGGAGCUCAGACCGGCAGAAAACCCUGAAUGGGGUCGCUGUAACUCCAGUGCAAUCAUUGUGACCUCCUAUACCAUUAUGGGUCUGAAGUCUAUGGCCAUGUACUGGGUAAGAGUUCUAGCCACCAACGAGGGUGGGGAUGGUGAACAUCAAGAGCUUGACAACUACAUCAUUGCAAUGCCUCCGCCAGUGAGACCGCAAUUCACCGACAAAAAAAUCAAGAACUUUGUAGUAAUGAGAGCUGGGAACUCUGCUCGAAUCAACUUCAACUUUCAGGCCUCUCCAAUACCAACAAUCACAUGGCUGAAGGAUAGCCACCCCAUACCCAAACAUGUUACAGUGAGCAACUCAGACACUUCAUCGCAGCUAAUGAUCCCAUCAGCAGAGCGCCAUGAUACCGGGAUCUACACCAUCAUUGUCAAGAACCUUGUUGGUCAGGAUACCUCUAGUGUUGAGAUACGAAUCACAGACGACCCCAAGCCUCCCGGUCCUGUGGAGCUGGACGAGAACGUGGCAGGAACAGUGACCGUCUCUUGGGAUCCCUCUCCAGAUGAGAAGAAAGAUGACAGGCUGCACUACAUGGUCACCAAGCGUGAUUCUGUUAAGCGCACUUGGCAAACUGUAGCCGACCAUCUCUUCAACAACAAGUUCACUGCCGUCAACAUCAUGCCAGGAAGGCAGUAUAAGUUCCGGGUCUACACCAAGAAUGACAUGGGGCUUUCCAAACCCUCAGAGUCAGCAAACUGGGAAGUGAAGAGGACAAAAGAAACAUUUACUUUGAAGCUUCCUGUCUCCAAGGAUUGCAGCUUUGAGGCGCCUCCCUCAUUCUCUGUCCCACUAAAAACGCACAGCACUCCAGAGAGCUACGAGUGUUACAUGAGUUGUGCCGUGACAGGAAACCCCAGACCAUAUGUUACCUGGUACAGAAAUAACGUCAGCCUUAACACCAACUCCAACUACUACAUCACCAACACAUGCGGAGUCUGCUCCAUGUUGAUACUCAAAGUUGGGGCCAAGGACAGCGGGGAUUACAGCGUCAUUGCAGAAAACGCUCUGGGCAGAGUGGAGUGUUCAACUAAACUAGUUGUUAAAGAUUAGGAUUAUACAGUGGCGGUGAACUCCUCAAGAACCCUGCUACAUAUAAAUAAAUGGAAUGUGAAUGGAUUUACUAACCUGUGUUUUGUUUGUUUGCGAAUUACUGUAUUAUUGUGUUUGAAUAAAUUGUGACGAUGAGAAUAAAGUAUGAAAAAACAUAAAGGAAGAACUAUUGAUAACUACCAACAAUAAAAUUUAGAAGGGAAA